AUGGCUGUCAUUACAUUACAAGGCAUUGUCAUGGCUGGUGAUCAAGGAGAAGGAAAUGGUCUUACACAAUUGUCAUAUCCCGGGGGAGUCGUUGUCGAUCAAUUGCGCACUGUCUUUGUGGCUGAUCGGGGGAAUCAUCGAAUAAUGCGUUGGCCCAAAGAAGCCACAAAGGGAAGUGUCAUUGUUGG